AUGCCAGCAAUGGGCAAAUUUUCUUUGCCACCCCCGCUGAAUGCUGCAGACGAUCCUGCAAUCAAGGCGACUGCACUGUACAUGAUUUGCAGUGUUGGCAUGGUGGUCGCAAACAAGGAGGCAGCUACCCAGACACAAGCGGGAACCAUCCUACUGGCAAUGCAACAAUGUGCCACCAUCACCGUGGCCGGAGUAUUGCACCUGGUUGGAGCCAAAUUGAUACGAGGGAACUUUCACGCAGUUAUCCGCUGGACACCGAUUGCAGUGCUGUCAGGGCUCAACCUUUGGACAGGCAUGCAAGCUUUGAUGUAUACAACAUUGUCAACUUUGACUGUCAUCAGAAAUGCGAGCCCCUUGAUACUGCUGGGCGCCGAGCACUUUAUGUUCGGCGUGGCAAUCACAAAAGAUGCUAUUGUCUCUUUGGCAAUCAUUCUGCUAGGUGUUUUGAUCUACUGCUCUGAUGAUAUUUCCUCCCAGGAGGCCUUGGGCAUUUUGUUUGUCAUUCUGGAUGCCUUUAUCGUUUGCUUGGACCGCUUGGCACAGCGAUAUCUUCUCCAGGAGACGCCUGUGAACUUGUCCAUUUCUGCCUUGGUAUUGGUAUCCAACAUAGUGGGUCUUUUCUUCUCCCUGGCUUUGCUCUUCUACCCCAUGCAUGCUGAAUUACAUGAGACUGAAUGGACCAUGCCGGGGAUAGCAUGGGCCUUGGCAUCUUGCUUCGGAGGUGCUGCAAUUGCUUAUGCAGGCAUUGGCUUAUCCCGGAAUUUAAGCGCUACGGGCGCAUUGGUGGUCACUAAUAUCGAUAAGGUUUUGGUGCUUCUGUACGGCAUUUUGAUGCUGGGCGACCGCUUCACCACUCCAAAGAUAGUUGGUGGUACUCUGGCUUUGCUGGGAGGUAAGCUGGAUGCAGACGGAAGUGGACAGCUAUCUCGACAGGAGCUGCUAAGCAUCAUCCUGCGUUUAGAGCCAGGCCUGUCUCCUGCAGAGCAAGAGGCAAUUUUUCAGCGGUUUGAUGCUGACGGAAGUGGGUGCGUUUCUUGGGCUGAGUUCUGGGAGACGAUCCAAGGCACUGAGUACAGCAAGCACAUGAGGGAUCACGAGGGUAUGCUUCUACUUUUGCCAGGUACUGUACACAAGGAUGCCAUCAACCACACACAAACUUGCGGACACGUCCACGUCACGCCCCUAAAAGUCCUUCCACAUAUAUGGGUACUCUAG